GAGCUAGGUACAUAUUCUGAAGCACUCAUGUUGGUCACGUCUAGGCGCCGAGCAGAAAUGCUUCGUUAUCUCUUGCUAAUACGAGCCACAAUCCGACCUGAAGCGCUUUUUGUUCAGCCGCUUGGACAUAAGGCCGAAGAACAGUUGACUUUCAGGGGACCAUCUAAACGCAAGUUCAAAGCGUUGGAUCAGAUCGUUGAUUACACCGAUGUCCUUCUGGAACUCUCACAGCACGACACGCAAGUGGCUCGCCUGAACAAGGAGCCAUUCAGGGAAGCAAUGCAGAAUGAACAUGUGGAAUGCGUCCAAGUAUUUAUCGACUUGUUUACCAAUGAUGAUAGACACCGUGCAGCAAUCUGUACUCACCUACUUUCGCUGACCUUGCCCCAUGUUGAAUUGCUUACAUAUUUUCUCAGCCAGGGUGCUGACCCAGAUACACGGCAUUUUGAUACUGGUGAGAUUUUGUUGCACCGCGCUGCAGCCAGAGGGGAUGAGAGUGCACUCAGGGCUAUUUUAUCUUCUGGCUCACAGGUUUCCCUGUAAUCAGGCGAACAAGGAACAGCCUUGCACGCUGCUGUGGUGCAGGGCUUUCAUGACGUAGCCGAAAUUCUUCUUGAAUCACAUGCAGACGUCAACACACCAUGCACCCUUCUUGGGACAUCGUUGGCCGCAAUCAUGACACAGAGCUGGAAGGACUUUCGUGAUAUCUGCCACCGAAGAUGUGCCAAGCUAUUGCUGGAGUGGGGUGCAGAUAUUGAUAGCUUUGAUGAACGGCUGGGGACCCCAAUGGAGGAAACCGUGAGGGGGCGGAGCUGUUGCUUGAGAGGGGAGCACUGGAGCCUGAAAAUUAUGAUGUAUCCCAUUCGCAGGCUCGAUUGGGAACUGGUCACCAAGGUGUCUGGAAUGGUUC